AAUCAAGUACAGAGGCUGUAUAGAGAGAUCAUAAAAUCAAGUCAUACCUUGAGACUUUGUAUAUAUUUUCUGCAUUUGACCACUAGGGUUUGAUCUUUAAAAAAUCACUGUGUGUUUUGUCUACACUAUUUUUACAUUCUAGAUUUUAGGUUUCCAUCUCAACUUUUUCUCUCACUUCUGAUUGAUCAGCUUCUAAUGGAGUCUAAUGGUAGUCCAGAGCUGCAGAAGAGCUCCAAAAAGCGAAAGGGAACGAGCUCUCAAAACCCUAAAAGCUCAGUACUGAAACAGAAAUCUCCAGCUGAGUUCUUUGCAGAAAACAAAAACAUUGCCGGAUUUGACAAUCCAGGGAAGUCUUUAUAUACAACAGUUAGAGAACUUGUAGAAAAUUCUCUUGACUCAGCAGAGUCCAUAUCUGAGCUUCCAUGGAUUGAAAUUACAAUUGAAGAGAUCAGUAAAACCAAGUUUAAUGCCAUGAUUGGGCUUAUCGACCGUGAACGUGUCGAUGAAGAGCUGUAUGAUGAUUUCGAAACUGUUAAGGCCCGAGAGAAACGUCUUGCGAAGGAAGCUCGAGAUCAGGAGAUUCAAGCAAAGAAUAUUGCUCAUGGAAAGAAGAUAAAAGAAACUUCAAAGAGCACCAAAAGUCGGGGCGAUGCUUCAUUUUUCAGGGUGACUUGUAAAGACAAUGGGAAAGGCAUGCCGCAUGAGGACAUACCAAAUAUGUUUGGAAGAGUACUCUCUGGGACAAAAUAUGGUCUAAAACAAACACGUGGAAAGUUUGGGCUUGGGGCAAAAAUGGCAUUGAUUUGGUCCAAGAUGAGUACAGGGCUUCCUAUUGAAAUUUUGUCAUCAAUGAGAGGCCAGAAUUAUGUGUCAUUCUGCAGGCUGGAUAUUGAUAUUCAUAGGAAUAUUCCUCAUGUUCAUAUACAUGAGAAGCGGGAGAACAAGGAAGAAUGGCAUGGAGCAGAAAUUCAGGUCAUCAUAGAAGGGAACUGGACCACAUAUAGAUCAAAGAUUCUACAUUAUAUGCGUCAGAUGGCUGUAAUCACUCCCUAUGCACAGUUUCUUUUUAAACUCAUUUCAGACAUGGCAGAUAAAAAUGUCACUAUACAUUUUGCUCGAAGAACAGAUGUAAUGCCUCCGGUUCCUGUAGAAACAAAGCACCACCCAUCUGCUGUGGAUUUACUACUUAUCAAACGCCUUAUUGCAGAGACUUCCAAGCAAAAUCUGUUGCAAUUCCUCCAGCACGAAUUUGUGAACAUUCGUAAAUCUUAUGCAGAGCGUCUAAUUGCUUUCAGAUUCUCUUGCUACUUUACAGGAGAAAUGGGUUCAGAUUUCAGCCCUAAAAUGGCUGUGAAAUCCCUCUCAUCUCAGCAAGUAGUUCGUAUUCAUCAAUUGUUCCGUCAGGCUAAAUUUGCUGAUCCCAGUGGUGAUUGUCUUAGUCCUGCAGGAGAGUACAAUCUUCGUCUGGGGAUCAUCAAGGAGUUGCACCCUGACAUGGUUGCAACCUAUGCUGGAAGCCCUCAAGUGUUUGAAGGUCAUCCAUUUCUUAUUGAAGCAGGAGUAAGCCUGGGUGGGAAAGAUGUUAAGCAAGGUUUGAACAUAUUUCGUUUUGCUAAUCGUAUUCCACUUCUUUUCGAGCAAGGAGCUGAUGUUGUGACCAGGACUGCCGCAAAGAUCAACUGGAGUUGCUACAAGAUAAACCAAAGCCAAGAUAAGAUCGGUGUUUUUGUUAGCAUUGUUAGUACAAAAAUACCCUUCAAAGGAACUGGAAAGGAAUACAUUGGUGCUGAUAUAAAUGAAAUUGUUUCCGCUGUAAAGACUUCCAUUCAACAAUGUUGUAUCCAGUUGAAGACAAAGAUAGUGAAAAAACUUCAAGCUCGUGAACGACUGGAAAGAAAGCGAAAUUUGACCAGAUACAUUCCCGAUGCUUCUAGGGCAAUAUAUGGUGUUAUGAAAGAAAUAGCUAAGAGUCGGGACUCAAAGCAGAGGCAAUACAAUGAAAAGGAGGAAGAGAUCCUUAACAAGGUGUCUUGUCGGGAGAUCACAGAGCCAAUAAUUAAGGAAAAGCUCACUCAUUAUGUGGAACAGGUUGAUUAUGAGAUGGCACUAGAAUAUGCAGCACAGAGCGGUGUAAGCGAGGAGCCCCGAGAAGACAUUUAUAUCUCAGCAUUGGAAGGAGCCCCCAAGUUCUUGGACCUCCAUCACCCUGUUUGUGUCUUUAGGCUCUUUCUAUAGCCGAGUCUUGUUAGAGCCCUCAUUGAAGAGUUUGCUGUUGCGAAGCCUCCCAAUUUUUAGUUUUUCUUAAAAUGCGUCUUCAGGCGCAUUCUCUAGGCCUUUUUUUUUUCCCUUGGAGGUUUAGAUCUUUUAUUGAUGAGGUGGGCAUUUUGCUCUCACUCUUUUGUGGCGUCAAAUUUGCAGGAUGGGUGGACGGUCCAGAUCCUCUUGUGCAUGAGAUCUGGGUCUCUCCCUUAGUAGUGGAACCAUGUUAAUAGCAAAGUUGGUGGGUGGUUCGGGUUUGCUUCACAUUGUGAGUCGAAAAUGAGAGGGACAAUGUUUCCCACUGA